GUACCUACUGUAUUCGUAUGAACUGUAGAACUAUACGUACUGAACUACAUGUGCUGUACAUCCCCCACACUCUGGGCAGUUGGUCUGCUUACGCAACCCAAACAUUAGCAGCACCACCUCACCCGCAUACAGGGUAAUCUCCAUCAUGACCAGCCACGCAGCACACAAGCGUCUCGCCUGUGACCGGUGUCGCAGCCACAAGCUGCGGUGCCCGCGGACGGGGCAGAGCACCGAGCCGUGCGGCCGUUGUCAGCGCGCCGGCGCCGAGUGCAAGACGGGCAGUGCCCGCCCCAUCGGCCGCCCCCGCGCCCCUCACAUCCCGCCAGCGCUGUUUUGCGAACAUGGACACCCGGCUGCUCUGGCGGCACCACCACCCACGCCCGGCGCACGAGACACGGCGCUGUCGACACCCGAUGCAGGUGCCCAAACCGACACUGCCAUGACGGCACCCACGGCGUCCCCCCAGCCUCGCCUGUGGCCAAUGCAGAUCGACUACCUCCCCGAUCUGCUCGAUAGCCCGCCGCCGCCCUGGGAAACCACCAUGGACCACAUGUUCGGCAGCCAAAUCUUCGACGGCGGCGACAUGGCGUCUCCGUCCAUCUUCACCGACCUGCAGUACCUGGACCCAAGCCUAGACCACCAAUUCCCCACACACCGGAGCUUCGACGCCAACGGUGACGCGCCCGUUCCCACGGCUCACGGCGCCCUGGCUCGCAUCACGUCGACGCGGAGCAGCAGCACCAACGACGUCGACGACGAGCCAAGCGUCGACGACGAGCCAAGCGCCGACGACGACGGCAGCGGCAACGGCACCGCCACCGGCACUGGCACCGCCACCGGCCGCACGGGGGCGCUGAUCGGGCUCUCGCGGCUGAACGAGUCGGUGGCGCGGCAGCUGGCGGCCGUCGACACGUUCCAGUGGGCGCAGCCCGACACGCUGGACGCGUGCUCGGGCAAGCUGGACUCGUUGACAGAGAACCCGCUGGCGUCGGCCCUGAAAAGCGUAGCGCAGUUCCACGUCAUCCUCGGCAGCCUCUCCCCUCCUCCUGGUCUACCAGACUUGGACCCGCUCAGCACGUCGACGCGGCUGCUCGUGCUGUCCGUGUACCUGCAGGUGAUGCAGCUGUUCAAGGCCAUCUUCGCCGUGGCGCGGCGGCUGCUGGACACGAUCCCGCGCGCCGUGCUCGACGCCUUCACCUUCAAGCCCGGCCUGCCCAUCGCGGGCAUGGACGCGGGCCCCACGCCGGGGAUGCUGUACGUGAAAAUCGUCGUCCAGGUCGUGCUGCACCAGAUCGAGGGCAUGGAGGCUUUGUUGGGCCUGCCCGGCGAGUACCGCCUGUCGUGGUCCGCGCCGUGGGGACGCAGUAGUAUCAUCACGACGACGGGAGGCGGCGGUGGAGGAGGAGGGGGAGGGAGGGGCGGUAUCUUUGGCGGGCCCGACGCGGAUGCGCUGUUGCAGACCGUUCUGGCUGGUGGGUUGGCUGGUGGGUCGCCUGGCUUGGGGGGAGGAGGAGGAGGAGGAGGAGGAGGAGGGGUGGUGCCUGUGCAGUCGUUGAGAGAUGACCUGGCCAAGGUGCUGGGGAAUAUGUAGACAGCUGACAGACGACUUUGAAGCAAGCCACAGCUGUUUCGCACGUAUUUUGUGGCAUUAUCACUGGCUUAGCUAGGGCUUGGUGAUUUGUGUUGAGCCUCCAAGGAGGAU